AUGACGGAAACAAUAUCCAAGAACAAUGAAACUGAUGAUUUUAUCGGUAUUUUUCCUGCUACAGUAGAAUUUAUGGUUUGGAAGUUGCAUCCAUAUGACAAAAAUGGCAAAGAAAUACCAUUCCAAGGAGUUAGAUACUGUAAGGAUGAUGAUACAUGUCAAUGUAAAAGAUGUAAGAAAAAUCGACUGAAUGAAUGGCCCUAUGAACGAUCACUGUCUUCAAAUCUUCUAUAUUUAACUGGCCUACAUAUCAAUGAUAUUAAUUAUACUGAAGUCAUCAAAUUUGAAGAAACACUGGUCUCCGACUAUUUAAGACAUACUGGUGAAUUUUGGAAAUAUGUUACAGGAUUAUGUUUAUUAGCUGGUGAACAUGGAAUUGAAAUAUUAAGCCAAUUCAAUAAUGGAUUAUUUGAUAAGCCUUUUAUAUACGAUCCUCAACUUCAUAUACCUCGUCCGAACAUUCCACAUCCGAAAAGAAAUGAAAAAAUAAUUAAAUAUUGUAAACAAAAAUAUAGAAUGUUACAUGAAACUUUAAAAGUUGAACCCUUUCGAUAA